AUUAAUCCCCUACAAGAAAUCAUGAGACUAGGGGUGGCAGCUACUCUACUAUACGUCCUAACAAAAAUUUCAGGUUCUACGAACUUUAGCGCGGAAAGAAGGCUAUUUAACAAUUUACUUCACCAUUAUGACUGCAAUUCAAGGCCAGUUUUAAAUGGAAAUGUUACCGUCUAUGUUAACUUUAGCAUAGCCUUAGCUCAAAUUCUCGACUUAGCUGAAAAGAACCAGACCUUGCUUAGCAGUACACUUAUUACGGAAGAAUGGAAAGAUGAAAUUCUCGUCUGGAAUCCCGAAGAUUAUGACGGAUUAACUGAAAUUGUAGUUCCUUCAGUCCGCCUGUGGCUUCCCGAUAUAUACGUCGUUAAUAACGCUGACAGCGGAGAAAAGGGGGCGGUUAUCGCAGAGAGUUCUAGGGUGAUAGCUAAAUGGAAUGGUAAAAUAACUUGGAGAAUACCCUUGAUUGUAAAAUCUUCCUGUGCUGUUGAUAUUGCCUAUUUUCCAUACGAUCGUCAGACAUGUACUAUACAAUUCUCUUCGUGGAUUUAUGAUGUUACCCAACUACAACUCUCUCAAAGAAGACCGAAUAUCGACCUCGGUAGCUAUGUUACCAACACAGAAUUUGAAUUACUAUCCGUAAGCUUGGAAUCUGAUUAUUUAUAUGCCAAGACAGCAAAGUAUACAAGAAUCACUGCACAAUUAAGGAUUCAGAGGAAGCCUUUGUAUUAUGCAUAUACCAUACUGGCCCCAACAAUAGUACUUAGUAUUUUAACUCUCUUUACAUUUCUUCUUCCUUGCGAAUCUGGUGAAAAAGUUGCGAUUGGACUAACAGUAUUUUUAUCUCUCUAUGUCCUACAAUUAGCUAUUGCUGAAAAUAUACCGGAAUCGAAUUCUCUCCCUCUUAUUGGUCUAUUUCUUACUUUAGUAAUGACGCUUAAUGCCCUAGCUUUGGUCAUGGCUACAUUAGUAAUGAAUAUAAAAAAGAAAGCAGACAGAAAGAGAGUAAAUCAAGUACCAGAAUGUAUUCUUAAGAUGUGUAAAUUUAUCGGUCCGUACUUGGGAGCUAAACACUUGAAUUACUAUGACUAUUAUGAUUUUUGCGACGAGUUGGAUGACGAGAUGACAGAGGGAUUAGAAAUCUCCGAUGACGAAGAUGGAAAUGAAGACGAAGGAUUCCUUUCAGUAUCUCCCAGGGAUGAGAGAAGAAGCUCAACCAUUAGUAUGAAAUCCAGCAAGCUUUUUGUUGAACAGAUUGCUUUUCAAUCAGGCAGGCGAUUAACAGUUGACAAUAUUAGCCUUGGCUCAGAAAAAGCAAGGUUAUACGUAAAAGAUGUAUCAAAUAUGGGACCUAAUUUAAAGAUUAUUCAACCCUCAUCCAUCAGACCACCUGUUCCUGUUUGGAUCAAAUUCGAUUGGUUUCUAGUUGCUGAAGUAUUUGACAAAGUUUUAUGUUUAAUAUAUUUAACUGGUUUAGUUCUGACAAUCGGUAUUUUAAUAAUAGUCAUUCCCAUGUCUCAUAGAGAAGAAACACAAACUAAUAUCUAG